AUGCUGGGCACUUCAUCUAUUUUAAUACAAGUUAUGGGUAUAAAGGUGAUGUAGCUCUGUUACAAUCCCGUAUUCUCUACCCAAAAAGGAAGCACCAGUGUCUAGAGUUCUUCUUCAAAAUGACAGGAAACCUUGAGGACAAGCUUGUCAUCUCAGUUAAAAAGGAUGAUGGCACUGGAAAUGUUCGCAAGCUGGUUAAAGUUAAAACUUUUCAAGGAGACAGUGACCAUAACUGGAAAAUUGCCCAUGUAAAUCUGAAUGGCCAAAAGCCAUUCAGGUAUCUCUUCCAUGGACUAAAAGGUGAUCCCAACGACUCCUCUGGAGGAAUUUCUAUUGAUGACCUCACCCUGAGUGAAACGAAAUGCCCCAGCGGACUGUGGCUUAUUCGUAACUUCUCCCAUCUGCUUAAAACUGCUCCUCAAGGUUACUCUAUGUGGAGUCCACGAUUCUACAGCCCUGAAGGUUAUAGUUAUGGUUUAACGUUGUAUCCCAGAGGUCUGAGAAGCUCUACCUUGACAAACUACACACGUAUUAAUUUUCACCUGGCCAGUGGUGCAAAUGAUGAUAUCCUUGAGUGGCCAGUUCUACACAGACAAGUUACCAUCACAGUGCUAGACCAAAAUCCCAAUGUCAUGAGAAGGAUGUCUUCAGAAAGGAGCUUCACCACAAAUGAAACUCAAUUUUUGCCAGGUACAAAUUGUUCUCGAUGGAGAAGACCCGCUCUUGAUAGGAAACUUGAUACUUCCUGCAAUUGCACUCGGAGCCAUGACUGGGGGUGGAGCAAAUUUAUCUCACAUGCACAGCUAAGGAGACGGAAUUAUCUUAAAAAUGAUGACCUCAUCAUCUUUGCAGAGUUUGAAGAUUUAACACAUCUCAUGAAAACAGAAGAACACUUCCCAAAAAUUUGGCCACUCCAUGAAGGACAGAAGAAGAGGUCGGCUCCACUGGAAAACUGGCAGUCCAACUGGAGGCAGCUGUGUGACCCAAAUCCUUGCCAAAAUGAUGGCAUCUGUGUAAACAUCAAGGGGAACACAAGCUGCAGUUGUCCUGCAAGCAAAAUCUUCUCCUAUGCAGGAGCGAAGUGUGAAGUAGCACUCAUUCACUGGAGCAUCCUUGGCUGGUUGGCUGCUAUGGCUGCUGGAACCAUUGUACUGAUAAUUUUCAUCAUCAUUGUUGUUGUUAUGUGCCAUCAACUCAGAACUUAUAGAGACCCAAAUAGGACUUUCUAGGUGAGAUAAUUAAGGAGUGUUUUUUAAAAGUUUUUUUCC